ACUUUAAUUGUAUAACCACAGUUUGCUAUGGGGCCUUGUGUGGGGCCCUUUAAGUGUUCUCCAAAUUUUUUGGCUGCAUCUAGAGUUAUUUUCCGCCAGCCAUACAUUUAUGCAUUCGGGCUCAUUACAGCCUAGUAUUAUAGGUCGGACAGUGCAAUGGCUGACAUGCUCUUCUCGCUGUGUGGCACAGGUGAUCCCUCCAGACUGCCCCCUGGACGGCGACAGCCGCAUCGUGCUGCUGAGCUCGGCCACGCUGGACACCCUGUGGAAGUUGCCCUUCCCCAAGAUGCCGACGAUGCGGCGUCCAUUCGGCAGCUGGACGGCCGUGCCGACGAUGGGACAGACGGCCGUGGUUGGCUACGCCUGCAUCCAGGAGCUGGGCCUGCGCGCCGUCGAGCUGCCUUUCUCGAGCGACGCCUACUCGGCCACCAUCAUUCUGCCAACGGGAAAGUUCGACGAGCUCUGCGUCAAUCUUACGCCCGAGGUGCUGAACCGCGUGUUCGAGGCGGUCAAGGAGCGCCAGAAGGUGAAGAUCGAGUUGCCGCGUUUCUCAGCCACCUUCGAGGCCGAGCUCACUGACGUCUUGCAGAAGCUCGGCAUCCGCGAGGCCUUUACGGACGAGGCCAACUUCAGAACGGUGACGACGACGACGCCGGUGAGCCUGACGUGGGUGCUGCACAAGGUGCAGGUGGGCGUCCACGAGGGCGUCACGCCCACGCUGCCGCAGGAGUGCGAGGAGUCGGCCACCGCUCCGGACGUCGAGUUCCUCGUCAACAAGCCGUUCGUGCUGUGCGUUCGCAAAGGGGACAUCCUCGUGCUGCUCGGCAGCAUACAGAGGGUGCACGUGCCCUGACAUCGAGGCUCCUGCAACCGGGUAUGACGGCCCCGCAUAACAACACCCGACCCUCGGAAAUCUUGUGCCUAGCCUCAACGCCUGCCGGUGCGGUGUGCUCAGACUUAGCGAAAAUGCUGACGACGUGACAACGUGCGUCAGCAGGUGCGCAUGCCUAGCGGACGUUGACAGAAGAGCUCCACAUCACUGGCUUUAUUCACACGCAGCGGAAGGCUCUUUUCCCGCACGUAUUGCUGGAUCGCGUUGGCACGUGAACCCCGUGCGUUUGUAUACUGAGCCACUGUAUAUAAAAGAGAACGUUUAAUUGUCACGUA